GCUCAGAGCUCCCCAACGGUCAUAUUCCCCUCGGCUCGGCUCAGACCCUCAUCCGUAGUCCCAUAUCUGCAAAACUGCAACUCCCCUGCUUUGAGCCCCCGGUCUGCUACCGCGAUCUCGUGUCGUAGCCUAACCCUAAGUUCCCUAACGCUGCUCCCACUCUUUCGCCGGCGUCCUCUCUCCAGCGCGGCGGUGCUCCUCGUCGCAUUCCUUUCUUCCGAUCACCCGGCGGCGAAACAUUGCUCCGGCCCCCGAGACGAGGCAGAGAUAGGGUUACGAGGGCAGGUGGCGCGAGUUUCCCCCGCGACCUCUCCUCCUCUCCCCCGGACCGAUCCAACGACCCAUCCCAGCAGCAAGACUCUGCCCAUUGCUCCAACACGUUAAGUGGAUAAGCUGUGAUGCCAGUAUCAAUGGACAAGAAGCAAAACUCAUUAGGCACUCCUGUCCUCAGGACAAAUCCCUUUGAUUCUGACUCUGACACUGACUCUGAAGUGCUGUCAAGACCAUCAAGGGCACAAUCUGCCCCAGCAAAUUGUGCCAAAUCUGUGCAAGAGUUGGAAGAUAACGCUGUACGCAGAGCAGAAGAAACCUCAUGCAAAGUAAAUGAUUGUGUCAGGGCAGCUGAAGCUAUUAGGGAAGAUGCUACACAAAUCCUGAUGACUUUGCAUCAACAAGGUGAACAGAUCACCCAGACUCAUCGAGUAGCUGUUGACAUUGAGCAGGACCUUAGUGUGAGUGAGAGGCUUUUGGGAAGUCUAGGGGGGCUAUUUUCGAAGACAUGGAGGCCAAAGAAAAAUCAACAAAUAAAAGGACCAAUUUCACAGAGUAAUUCUUUCAAGAGUACAUCAUACCACAUGGAAGAGAGGCAGAAGCUAGGAAUUGCCUCGACACCUCCACAAUCUCACAAUCCUGUACGUCAUUCGCCUGCAACUGCGUUGGAGAAAGUCCAGGCUGAAAAGGCAAAGCAGGAUGAUGCAUUUUCAGACUUGAGUAACAGCUUGGGACAGCUGAAGCUCAUGGCAAUGGAUAUGGGUACAGAAAUUGAAAGGCAAAAUAAAUCACUGGAUACUUUGAGUGACGACGUCGAUGAGCUGAACUUCAGGCUCAAAGGGGCAAAUCAGCGGGGACGCCGGUUGCUUGGGAAGUGAUACCACAAAGCAGGAGUCAGGCUGUACAAGCACUGUGAUCAUGUCUUCAACAGAUUGUGGGUUUGUGCAGCUAGGCCUGUCCCAAAGAAUUAAAGAAGCUGUUGUUUUGUAUACUAGCAAAUAGUCAUAUUCUUGUAUUGUAUUCUGCUGCUGUUCCUGAUUUUUCAGCUCCCCGUUGAUGCAGUGCAAGCACUGUCUGAUUCUUGUGUUGUAUGAUAUGCCAACUUAGGUCAGUUGAUGCAGGAAAUAGGAACCUCCUUUUUCAGACAUGUAUUGCUGCUGUAAUAGUUUUUUCCUGUAACUGUGAGAGUCGUGUACCCCAAAGAUUUUUUUACGGACAAGGACGGAAGGAACUUGAAAAUGUAACCGUGGUUGAAGAUUCAUAAAUACAUAAAGCAUAAAAGAUUAAGCAAAUUAA